AUGCCGACGUCCUGGCGCAUGCUUGGUAUGAACAAGCUGGCGGUGCUGCUCAAAACUGUCAUCCCUGGAAGGUCGCAUAGGGUCAAUUCGGGGUUGUGUGCGCACACAGAUGUGAAAGUCAACGGCCUGGGGGAUGUUUUGCGGUUGGAAAGUUGUGUAUCUGGGCCUCCUAAAGUUGCUGAACAGGGUGGGUUCCAUGAGACUAGCUAUCAGGCUGAUAAAGAGGAUUCCUUUUCUGACUGUUACCUAAUAAGAGGUAAGUUUUCUGAACCCAUCCUGGACAAGGACAUACUUCUUACGUCCUUCAACUACCUGAAAGAAAGAUCAGAACAUGAGCUUUCUUAAUGUAUUUUUAUAGCAAGCUCGCUUGAAUGUUCUUUGCAAAACACACACACAAAAGAGCUUCCUCAACAGACUGUUGGAGAGAAUUCAUUUGUUGAGUUUUCUGAGUACAUGACAGACAAGCAGCUUCCUCCUGGAGGAAUACCCAGCACUAACUUAUCAGAUCCUAAACAGGCUGCAGCAUUUGCUGGAAAGAAGCCAAAAAAAAAAAAAAAAGACUAUGAUGCUGCAGAAAAAAAUUGUCCUCAGAGUAAAUGCACAAAGUAGUUGAAGAAUAGAGCUUCUCUGAGAAAGCAUCUCCUCAUUUAUGGUCCCCAAGAUCGCGUGUGUGCAGAAUGUGGGAAAGUAUUCAAUGAGAGCUCAAAACUAAAAAGACGUUUUCUGAUCCAUACUGGAGGGAGGCCCUUUCGGUGCACUUUUGAAGGGUGCAGAAAACACUUUUCCCUGGACUUCAACUUGCGUACACAUGUAUGCACAACUGGGGAGAAACGUUUCGUGUGUUCUUUUGAAGACUGUCACAAGAGGUUUGUUCAGUCAAAUAAUCUGAAAGCUCACAUCUUAACUCACAAAAUGAAAAAAGAAUCAAUGAAAAAGAUGGAAAAUAAUCCUUAG